CAGCGGCGGCCACUUAGCGGCCGGAGAGCUCGCCAGUUGCCUCCGCCGCCGCCUUGGAAUCUGGGGACCCGACAGACGGCGAGACCCAGCCUCCGCCCGACCCCGGCGAGGCCGCGCGGCUGCUGCGCCUGCCCCACCCGCCGCACCUGGGAGCGGUGAUCACCAGGAGAGGUGGGGCGUGGCGAGCGGCUGGCCGGGCGCCGGAGCAGCUUCGCCAAAAGCCAGCCGGACCGGCGCAAGGCGGAGGGGGAGGGUCUCGGGGCAGAGGCCGGCUCCUCCGAGGGAGAGACCCCAGCUGGGGUGGAAAACGGCACAAACCAGCUGCACAGACGCUGGGCGCGGAUCAUGGAGCGGGCCAGCCCCGGCUCCGGGGAGUCGAAGCUGCAGCGGGACCAGGAUUCCGUGGAAGCGUGGCUGGAUGAUCACUGGGACUUUACCUGCUCUUACUUUGUUAGGAAAGCCACCAGGUAAGAAGAGGACCCCUGGAAGACCCACCCGGGGCGCUGAGAGUGACCUGGGGGCUCAUCUCUCUCCCUUACUGAAUUUUCCUCUUCCUUUACCAUUAAACGACCUCGGUUCCCAGGCCCUUUGCUUUUGAAGUAGGUCUUUGGUCCUGUUAGGGUGUAGACACCUCGACUUUAUGGCUAGUACAGUCGAAAAGCCCAAGCGUGGGAUUCGAUCCAACUUGCUCAAAAAGUUCAAUGCAAAAAUGUACAUGUGGACCCCCCCCCCACACACACACACACAGCCCGGCUGCCCCGGUAUUCCCUGAGAGCAAGAUUAUUUACAUACAUCCGCGCUCACGGGCCUUCCCCCAGCCCUUCUUUAGCCUCCUAGUCCCCCUAAAUCUCCUCAGCGAAACCAAAACAGUUUUGAGCCCCUUCCCUGCGGCUCCGGAAGCACCAUUUCCAACUCGGUCCCAGCAGCUCCGCUCCUCCCCCGUCCCCCCUCGCCCUGGCCCUUGGCGGGCGGGGAAGUCGGGGUAGGGGCGAGACCACGAGGAGCCCAAAGGCAGCAACAUGCCGGAGUCUUCCCAGAGUAAGCGCUGUCGCCUUUUGCCCCUUUCCAGUCCCUUGCUUGGCCCGGCGCUUCCUUUCACUCUCUCUUGCUCCCAAGGCGGCGCCGCUGAAAGGGCUCCGCAGAGGGGUUCGCGGCGCGCACACAAAGGGCGCUGGGGAGGCGCGGCGGGAGCCGACAGCGGGGCGCUGACGGGUCCCGCGCAGCCCCAGCCGACCCCAGAGGCCAGCUCUUCCCGGUCGAGAGCCAAGCGCCGGGCGGCCGCUGCCGAGGGCGGGGAGGAGGGUGCCUGUCCUUUGGGAGGUGGCUGCCCGGGGGGCAGUUGGGGCGCGCGUGGGAAAGGCUCCCGUAGAGUUGGGGAGGAAUUGAGGUUGAAGCCGAGGAAGGAGGGGCCGGAGCAGAGAGUGGAGGCGGGCGGAUGCCCUGAAGCCUGAGGAGUUGGUGAGAAGCCGCUGCGCGGGCAAAGGCUUCUACACGCGGACUCCGACUGACUCCAGGACGCGCCUCUUUGGAGAAGAGUCCCGGACCCGCCGCCGCCGCCGCCGCCGCCUCCAGGCAGCGGCCGUCGGGCAGCCGGCGCUGGCUGCCUUGGCCGCCAGGAAAGCGCACUCAGGGCGGUGAUGGUGGAGCGGCCGGCCGAGGCUCGGCGCUGGGCUCCCCCCCGCCGGCGUUCGGCCUCCGCUCUGCCGGGCGCUCCCCGCCAGGGGGCGGCGCAGCGCGGAGCGAGCGGGCUGCGGCGGGCGGCGGCCCGGUGGCGGGGUCGGUAAGGGAGCAGGCUUGGAGUCACCGCCUCCCCUGGGCACGUCGUCGCCCCCCGGCGCCUCCCGGAGUCCAGAGUCUGCGGAGGCCGCGUGGUCUGCACUUCGACCUUCCUAUGUUUGCUGUGUUGCCCUUUGGAGACAAAACAAGGCCGGUCUAGUAGACCACAACUACACACGCCCAGCCGGGACCCUGCGGAGCUUGACCACCCAGAACUGGGCGACCACGCCUACCCCCUGCGCCUGCGGACAGGCCAGCUCCGAAAAGCGCCCAGAGGACCUGCAGGCCCCGCCCCACGGGGCGGGGCCUAGAGGCUCAUCGCGCCUGCGCCGAGGCCCGAGGGCGUGCUGCGCCGUUACUUUUGAAACGAGUGGCGGGGAACUGCUGUGGGCGUCUCCGCCGUCGCUCUCUGCCGGGGGGAAGCGCACUCCUUCGUCUGUAGGACUGGCCAUGGCGCUGCAGCUCUCCCGGGAGCAAGGCAUCACCCUGCGCGGGAGCGCCGAAACCGUGGCCGAGUUCUUCUCAUUUGGCAUCAACAGCAUUUUAUAUCAGCGUGGCAUAUAUCCAUCUGAAACCUUUAAUAGAGUGCAGAAAUAUGGACUCACCUUGCUUGUAACAACGGAUCCUGAGCUCAUAAAAUACCUAAAUAAUGUGGUGGAACCGCCGAAAGAUUGGUUAUACAAGUGUUCAGUUCAGAAACUGGUGGUUGUCAUCUCAAAUAUUGAAAGUGGUGAGGUACUUGAAAGGUGGCAAUUUGAUAUUGAGUGUGACAAGACUGCCAAAGAUGACAGGUAAGUAUGAAGUAAAUUGCUUCCAUUUUUACAGAUCUUUUUCCAAAACUGUUUUCUUUUACUAGAUGAGUUCUACUUAUAUUGAACUAGUUUCAUAUAAAGUAGUUUGUUUCUAAGUAUGUUAGAUGUGACCUUUAAUCUCCUGUGGAGAAGGAUUGGGCUCACAAAUUGUGCUCACGAAAGAAUUUUGCCUAUCACGGACUUUUAACAUAAUUGCGCUUAGGCUAAAUCCAUAAAUUUCAAACUUUAGUGUUUAUGAUGCUAUAUGUAAAGCUACCAUGCUGUCCGUCCUAGGUGGGCCAUUUCAUGAAUUGUAGAAAGGUACUUUUAACCAUGAAGUAUUAUCCUAGACUUUCUCCCAGCUUACUGUGCAGCUCUACUGUAUUUCAUUUAAUGCUACAAACUUCUUAGACACUCCCCCCCUUUUUUUUUUUUUUUAGGAUUUUAUUUAUUUAUUUAAUAGAGCAUGCGAGAGAGGGAACAUAAACGGGGAGUGGGAGAGGGAGAAGCAGGCUUCCCGCCAAGCAGGGAGCCCGAUGUGGGGCUCAAUCCCAGGACCCGGGAAUCAUGAUCUGAGCCAAAGGCAGUCGCUUAACUACCUGAGCCACCCAGGCGCCCCUCUUUAGACACUUAUUAAACUGAAGUUUUUAGAUUAUCUGGAUGGGAGAUGCCCAUCAUUAUAUGCUAAUUUCUAGCAUCGUCCUAGGCAUGCUUACCUGUAAACUCUGAACUAUCUCUCAUAAUGAAAUGAUGGAGUUUGCUCCUGAAGCCUUUGGUCUGUUUUAGAAAAUGUUUAAUUAUUAACGCCAUACACGAUUAACAUCUUAUUUGAGGCAAUAGGAAAUUAGACAUUUAGGCAUUACUAAAAAUGCCAAAAUGAUUAUACCGAUUCAAUAUUUUAGAUACUGCUUGUUAUCUUUAUUUUAAGACAUGCUGAAGCUUUCCUGACUUGAAGUACUUGGCAGGUUUUCUAGUCAUCUGUUAUUUAAUGACCUGAUACUAAGAACAACCCUAAAAAAUGAUUGGAAGGAUAAAUGAAAUAAUAGAGAUAC